CAAGCCUCACUUUGCUUGAAGUCUGUCACAUUCACACACACGCCUGUCUCAAGGACCUAACACAUUCCUGUACUGUCUGAAUAACAAGCUCCUCACAGGGACUACAGGCAACACUGCGUUCAAAGGCCAUGUCAUUUGACCAGGACAUCUGUUACCUCUGCAAGGAGGAUCUGAGGGACCCAGUGUCCAUCCCAUGUGGACACGUCUUCUGCUCCAUCUGCCUCAAGACCUACUGGGACCACACCGACCCCUCAGGCCAGUUCCUAUGUCCGCAGUGCCGCGUGUCGUACAACAAGAGGCCGACGCCGCGGCGCAUGCAGUCUACCCGCAGCAGCACCUCGGGGCCCAGGCAGUCGGAUCCUGUCCCGCCUCCACCUCCGUCACCCGACUACAACUACGCGGGCCCCCGCGACGUGGCGUGCGACAUCUGCAUCGGCAAGAAGCUCAAGGCGGUCAAGUCAUGCCUGAUGUGCCUGGCGUCGUACUGCGACAAGCACCUGAAGCCCCACUACGAGUCGGCCACCUUCAAGAGGCACAAACUGGUGGACGAGAUCGGCCACCUGGACCGACAGAUCUGCCCGCAGCACCAGAAGGGCCUGGAGCUCUACUGCCGCACCGAUCAGAUGUGCAUCUGCGUGUUGUGCACCGUCAAGGAGCACAAGGGUCACGACAUGGUGGCGGCCGAACAGGAACGCAGCGAGAUGCAGCAACGUUUGGGAGCCACACAAGCUGAGAUUCAGGAGAAGAUCCAUGACAGAGUGAAACAGAUGGAGGAGCUGAAACAAGCUGUGGAUUCACUAAAGAACUCAGCACAGCGGGCCCUGCAGGAGAGCGAGAAGCUGUUUGGGGACAUGCUCCAUGCCAUUGAGCGCAUGCAGCAGGAGAUGGCCAAGCUGAUCUCGUCCAACAAGAAGGCGGCGCUGAACACGGCGGAGAGCCACAUGGACCGGCUGAGCCAGGAGAUCGCGGACCUGAAGCGCCGGGACAAUGAGCUGACGCAGCUCUCGCGCACUGAGGACCACAUUCACUUCAUCCAGAGUUACCACAUGCUGCUAGCCCAGACAGAUGCAGAGGAGCUGCCCUCGGUCAGCGUGAACCCCUACUUUUCUUUUGGCUCCGUCACCAAGACCGUCUCAGAGCUGAAGCAGCACCUCAAUGAGUACGCCAAUGAAGAGCUGGUCAAGGUGGCCACCACAGUCAACAAAAUGCCCUUCUGUCAGCUUGAGGACCAAAAGAGGAGGAAGACUAUGAAGGCUGAUGAAGUUGACGUGUACAAGACCCAGCGGAGCCUGAGUCAAGCACCCCGCAGCAAGGCACCACGCACAAGGGAUGAAUUUCUCCAAUAUGCCUGCCAGCUAACUCUAGACCCUAACACAGCAUACAAACAGCUCUACAUCUCCCGAGGCAACCGCAAAGCAGCGCUGAAGAGGGACGCCCAGAACUACAGCGACAGCGCCCAGCGAUUCGACUGCCUGCCCCAGGUGCUGUGCAAGGAGUCAUUGUCGGGCGGCGCCUACUACUGGGAGGUAGAGUGGAGCGGCGAAGGAGCCUCCAUUGGCGUCACCUACAAAGGCAUCAAGAGGACGGGCUACGGUGACUUGGCCCGCAUCGGAUACAACCGCAAGUCCUGGGGCCUCUUCUGCUCUGACUCUAGCUAUUCAGCGCGGCACGGCAAAGACCAAACGGAGAUCAACGCCCCCUACGCCUCGCGGAUCGGUGUGUUCCUGGACUAUGACGGAGGCACCCUCUCCUUCUACAACGUGUCUGAGGACAUGUCGCUCAUCCAUCAGUUCAAAGCUUCCUUCAGCGAGCCUCUGUACCCCGGCUUCUGGGUUUGGUACGAGUCGGCUGUUACUAUUAGCCAGCUUUAGGUCUGUUGUGGUGUUGGGGAGAGAAGAAAAGUUUAAUGUAUUUUUUAAAAAAUAAUGAUAUUAUACAUAGAAAUAUUCAAAUGUGAUUUUUUUAAAAAAUAUGCAUUUUUUAAAUUUUCGUAAAUUUAGUCAUAUAAUAUCUUGUCAAAGUAGUUGUAAAUGUAUUAUUGAAUGUAGUAACAAUAUUCGCAGGGCACGUGGUCAUGUCAGCAAAUUUUGCUGACAUUAUAACUCUAAUAAAGUAAACAUACUGUUUAUCUGUCAAGUGUAAUUAUAAUUUUUAUACAAAUCUUUUUUUUAUUAAUAUAAAAACCAGCGAUUAUAAUA